UGCGAGUAACAAAAACUGCAUGAUUAUUGUCACUUGAUCAACUAAACCAGAAACUCCGAUGAAGAUUGUUCCCGUUCAGUGCUUCGAAGACGAUCGCUAUUCCUACCUGAUUAUAGACGAGUCCACUAAAGAAGCGGCAGCUGUGGACCCGGCGGACACCGAGAAAGUCCUCCAGGCCGCCGCCGCCAACGGCGCUGAGAUUAAGAUCGUCCUCACCACCCACCACCAUCACUAUCAUGCGGGCGGAAAUGAGAAGAUGAAGGAAAUGGUGGCUGGAGUGAGGGUCUACGGCGGAGCACUUGACGACGUGGAAGGGUGCACCCAUGGAGUCCAAGACGGCGACACCAUUGCUCUUGGGGCAUAUACCUCAAUCACAUGUCUGCUCACCCCUUGCCACACUAAUGGUCAUAUAAGUUAUUUUGUGAGUAGCAAGGACGGAGGCCAACCUGUUGUUUUCACAGGGGACACCCUGUUUGCUGGCGGUUGUGGCAAGUUCUUUGAAGGCACAGCAGAGCAGAUGUAUGAGUCACUAUGCAAGACAUUGGCUGCUUUGCCAAAGCUCACUCUGGUUUACUGUGCCCAUGAGUAUACUGUGAAGAACCUCGAAUUUGCUUCGACAAUUGAACCGGACAAUGUGAGGGUGAAGGAGAAGUUGGAAUGGGCUCGGCAGCAGAGGAAGUUGAACCUUCCUACUGUCCCUUCCACCAUUGAGGAUGAACUGGAGACCAAUCCAUUCCUCAGGGUUGAUUUACCAAAGAUUCAGGAUAAGCUGGAGUCCAAGUCCCCGGUGGAAGCUCUAAAGAAGCUAAGGCAACUCAAGGAUAAAAAUCUGAGUUAG